CUCCAGCUGAGUGUUGUUUACUCGUUAGGCUCUGAUUGGUCAGGGCUGGUCUCUGGCAGCAAAUAUAAACCCUCCCCACGCUCACUCUCCAUACAGCUGACUUUCAGUAUGGUGACUGUUCAGGCCUCCCUGGGGUUUUCCCUCUGUGCUUUGCUGAUUCUGCAUACACAUGGAUUUCCAUUUAAAGGCUCCAAAUCCCAUGGCCAGAGCAGCAGUCAUCAAGGAGAUGACUUUGGUCCUCAACAGGGAUCGGCCACUGGUCGCUAUGCACCCAUGUACAGCACUUCUAGGCAAGACAGAAAAGGACAAAUGUUUGGACCAGCUCCCAGUAGUCCCUACAUGUUUGCCCAGAGUGCUCCAGCACCAGGAGGGAUGGGUUUUACAUCUGAGGAAUGGGUUCCUGCUAGUGCUGGCUCUGUCAAGGUUGGUCCUGGAUAUCCUGGUUUUCAAGCAGAGUAUCCAGUUGGUGCUGUUCCUCUGGUACCUCUACCAGCAGUGUAUGAUUCUGGCUCUGCUCAGGCUGGAGGUCCUGGGUCCAGUCUACCAGAAACCAAGUGGGCGGUUUAUCCUAGAAUCUUCUCUGAAGAAGGCUUGGCCAAAAGCCAGGCCCUUGACUCCAGCACACUUCUCUCCCAAAACCCUGCACCAUCAGGACCAGUCCUCCAGUCUGGGGAGACUUCCGACGUUGUGAAGGAAGCUGAACUUGGAAACUACCAGCGUGAGACGGAAGAAUUUGGCUACCCAGGUGCUCCAGAAUCGGGACCAGCUCUCCAGUCUGGGGAGACUUCAAAUGUUCUGAAGCAAGCUGAACUCGGAAACUACCAGCAUGAGACGGAAGAAUUUGGCUACCCAAGUACCUCACAAUCAGGACCAGCCCUCAUGUCUGGGGAGACUUCCAAUGUUAUGAAGGAAGCUGAACUUGGAAACUACCAGCGUGAGACUGAAGAAUUUGGCUACCCAGGUGCCCCAGAAUCUGGACCAGCUCUCCAGUCUGGGGAGACUUCAAAUGUUCUGAAGGAAGCUGAACUUGGAAACUACCAGCAUGAGACAGAAGAAUUUGGCUACCCAAGUACCUCACAAUCAGGACCAGCCCUCAUGUCUGGGGAGACUUCCAAUGUUCUGAAGGAAGCUGAACUCGGAAAGUACCAGCAUGAAACUGAAGAAUUUGGCUACCCAAGUGCCGGCAUGGGGCCUGGACAAGGACUUCCCAGUUACCCUUUGCCUUAUGGAGUCUUCUGGGGUAGCCCUUACAUCUACCCAGCCUCCUACUCUUCUCCUUACCCUAACUUUGACUAUAGGCUCCUGUAUGGCAUGUACCCUCCCGGCACCUACACCACGUUCAGUAAGAACCACGAGAAGGGCAAGGACUACUACCAGAGCAUCCACUACCUGAAGGAGCAUGUUCCUGAAACUCCCUCCACUCAUGCCUCUGGGCAGCAGAAGAAAAUUUUCCCACAGAAAGCAAGAAGUUAAAGAAUAAAGUUCUGAACUGUCAACCUA